AGCUUCGUAACGCGCCAUCGCAAAGUAAUACACAAACGCACCUCUUCUUCACCGAUACCCCUCUUCAAAGAUGCUGCGUCGCUCCUUCACGAUGCUGAACUGGCGUGACCAGGGCAUCAGCUACGUCAAGUACCUGAACGUGUGCACAGAGACGCUCCACAUGACCGUGAAGGAAAAGGCGCAGGGUAAGUACUCGAAGUUCUCGUCGCCCAACUACGUCGCGAUCAAGUCCGACAGCGCGGGCGGUGUGGAGGAGGUGAACAAGGUGCCGAUCUUCACGAAGGACUACUAA